AUGUUUUUUUAUUUGCAGGUUGUUGUUGGGUACUUCCUAGUACCCUCCGAAAGUACUCCUGUUAGUCUCUCGCGCUCAAAGAGAUCCUUUCAUGAACCAGAAGGUUACUGGAGCAAGAAGUUAACAUGGAAGACAGAAUGGGUAAAAAUAUGGAAGACUGAAAAGAAACUUAUAUGGAAACAAGAAUGGAAAAAAAGGCAGGUACCAGCCUGGAAGGAAAUCCAAGUUCCAAUUUGGAAAGAAAUCCAGGUACCAGAUUGGAAAGUAAUAUCCAAGCCAAUUUGGAAGGAGACACAAGUUCCGGCGUGGAAGGAAAUUCAAGUUCCGGAUUGGAAAGAAGUUAAAGUUCCAGCCUGGAAGGAAAUACAAGUUCCAGACUGGAAGGAAAUUCAAGUACCAGACUGGAAAGAAAUUCAAGUACCUGCGUGGAAACAAAUAUGGGUACCUGUUUGGAAGGAAAUUCAAGUUCCUGCCUGGAAGGAAAUACAAGUACCCGAUUGGAAAAAAUCAUACCAACCAGAAUGGGUGAAAGAGGGGAUCCAUGGAGAGCACUAUUUGGGUAAAGAUGACCAUGGUAGUGAAUACACGGCACAUGAUAUCUGGAAGAAGAAACUCAUUUGGAAACCUGUCUGGAAAAAAGUAUGGAAAACAGAGAAAAAGCAAAUAUGGAUACCUAAGAAGAAAAUGGAAUGGAAAUCCGAAUGGAAACAAAUCUGGAAAACCGAAAAGAAACAAAUUUGGAGGACGGAAAAAAAACAAAUUUGGAGGACAGAAAAAGUACAGAUUUGGAUUCCUAAAAAAGAGCAAAUUUGGAGGACGGAGAAAAAACAAAUCUGGGUCCCCAAAAAAGAGCUAGUUUGGAAACAAGAAAAAGUACAAAUCUGGAGAACUGAAAAAAUUCAAAAGUGGGUAACAGAAAAGAAAGAAAUCUGGAAAGAUGAAUAUAAACAAAUUUGGGUUCCGGUAUGGAAAUCUAUAGAAGUACCAGCGUGGAAGAAGAUAUCAAAACCUGUUUGGGAGAAAGUCUGGGUGAAGGUCCAUAAACACCACGGCUGGGAUUAA